ACUACCAAACACAGUUGUGCUGUGCUGGCAAGGCGAAGGCCAAAGGGGUAAAUAACGCUUGUUGUGGAAAAACACCUUACAACACACUGACCCAGAUUUGCUGUGGUWAUCAGUUAUCAAAAAGAGKCGGCUCUACAUCAUGUUGUGGCAGUACUUUAUUCGACUACAACAAAGAGUUCUGCUGUGCUGGCGUGUUAAAGACGAAAGGAUUGCAUAACGCCUGUUGCGGACAAAAACCUUACAACACAAUGAAACAGAUUUGCUGUGGAAAUCAAAUCAAACCAAAAGGUAGUUCUACUUCUUGUUGUGGWAGUACUGURUUUGAUUACARSACACAAUUCUGCUGUGCUGGUGUGGUAAAGGCUAAAGGAGUGCAUAACGCUUGCUGUGGGCGAACAACUUACAACACGACAACCCAGAUUUGCUGUAGUGGUAAGCUAUCAAAGAAAGRKSGYCUCACMUCYUGUUGUGGAAGAACUGCGUUUAACUACAAAACCCAUUUUUGCUGUGCCGGYGUGUUGAAGACGAAGGGAGUCCAUAACUCUUGCUGUGGACAAAAACCGUACAAUACAGCAAUCCAGAUGUGCUGUGGUGGAAAGAUAUUUGAGAAAAAUGGCUCAAUUUCUUGUUGUGGAAGUUCAGUAUUCGACUACAAAACUCAUUUCUGCUGUGCUGGUAAGGCGAUGGUGCUCGGAACAUUUUCUCAUUGCUGUUUCAGAACACCAUACAAUCAUAUGACGCAUGUUUGCUGUAACAACCAAGUGAAAAAGAAAGUUAGUUCCACUAGCUCGUGCUGUGGGGGAAAGGUUUACGACUUCCAAACCCACUUUUGUUGUCCUGAUGUCGUGAAACCAAAAGGAAAGUAUAAUGCUUGCUGCAGAAUAACACCGUACAACACUGUGAACCAGAGUUGCAUUGGAGGAAAAGUAUAUGAUAAUAGUACUCUUUCUAUUUGUGGAAGCAAAGUGUACGAUUAUACCUCCCACUUCUGCUGUGCAGGCCUCGUCAAGCCCAAAGGACACAAMAACGCAUGYUGCGGACGAGUAACCUAUGACAUGGCAACCCAAAUAUGCUGUGGCAAUCAAGUAAAAGUGAAAGCUAGCAGCGCUAGUUCRUGUUGUGGGAAUAAAGUGUUCGAUUACCAGUCCGAGUUCUGCUGUGCUGGUAUCGUSAGGACAAAAGGAGUGAAUAACGCUUGCUGUWAUAGAACACCAUACAACACGGUAACYCAGAUUUGCUGUAGUGGUAAGACAAUACCAAAGGGGAACUCUACUUCAUGUUGUGGAAUUACCCCAUACAACUACAACACCCACUUCUGUUGUAAUGGUGCGGUAAAGAAGAAGGGAGAAGCCAACGUUAACGCUUGCUGUAGUAGAACCCCAUACAAUACGACAACAAAGAUCUGCUGUGGUGGUCAACUUACAGCAAAAGGACAAUUCAAUUCAUGCUGUGGAACAAAACCUUAUGCCAACAGAAAAGAAUUCUGCUGUGCUGGAGUUGUUAAGACGAAAGGAGCUCAUAAUGCUUGCUGUAAUGGAAAAAUGCCAUACAACACCGUCAGUCAUAUUUGCUGCUCUGGUAAGGYGAAGACRAAAAGCAGCCCUACAAGCUCGUGUUGUGGGAGCGCGGGUAMGAUCUAUGACUWCAAGACGCAGUUYUGCUGUAAGGGWAUAGUGAAGACCAAAGGGAUCCAUAACUCAUGCUGUUGGCARACAUCAUACAACACGGCGACGCAUAUCUGCUGUGGUGACAAACUKGCAAAGAAGAACARUAGUUCCAUCUCUUGCUGUGGACGUCAUGUGUUGGAUUAUAAGUCCCAGUUCUGUUGCGCUGGUGUCGUCAGGACUAAAGGAGUGACUAACGCUUGCUGUGGAAGUACGCCRUACAACACARCUACGCAGCUUUGUUGUGGUGGUGCAAUAAACCCGAAAGCCAUCUCCACUUCAUGCUGUGGCAAAAAAGUGUACAAUUACAAAACCCAGUUUUGCUGUAGCGGUGUGGUCAAGGCUCAGUCAUGUUAAUAGRACGAGAACUAUUAUUCAUCAUGGGAAUAGCUAUGGCGAUCAGUUCCGAGAUGMGCGAGGGCUGUCAAAAGUAACACGUGCAGUAGAUCUUACGCGCUCUUAUAGAAAACACAAAAAAACUGUUUGAAAAUAUGUUAACGAAGGAGUACUUUAAUGUUUCUUUUAGUUCAGAAGCAGGACUUUAAUUUUUUUUUGGGAAAGGCUCACUUCAGACGAAAUCCUUUAAGGGCUGUAGAAAUCGUCUAUAACUCUAUGGUUUCCAAAGGCUUCUUAUAAACUCUGCCCAAAAAUGCUUCGCUUUCUUCUCUGCACCCCCGAUAAUUAUGAAAGCGUUCGCGCAUCUUAGAAAUGGUCUAUUKUAUUACAUGACACAAUCUCGUACCCAGAGCCUACGUUUUUUCUGGCCUACGGCGAAGGACGAGGACUCUGGCAAAAUCCAUUUUUCAGACCAGGGUUUCUUGGACUUCCGAURUAAGAGCGCAUGCGUUUAAAGACUUGCGAAAUAUAAAAACGAUGCUUUUCUGGUUUCUAAUUUUUAUUGUGAUCACAGAAUUCUGUUUAAAAGCAUAAUUUUCAUUAAUUGUGUUUCACUUCCGGAACAUUGCGAAUGCGCCAAAAAAAAAAGAUUAUGCCAAAGCCCUCGUUCUUCUCCGCAGGCCAGAAGAAACGCAGACUUUGGGUACGAGAUUGUACGUGACACUUUCUCAUUUGCCUCACUAUUGAGGGUCAUUUGUUAAACCGCAACCUUUGGACGUCAAACUGCUAGUCUUCAUCAAGUGAUGGUAUAGAGCGUUUUCACUCACGUGAGAAGGCAGCUAUAAACAAUAGAAAAUUUCUGCACAGCAUUUGCAUAAAAAUAGAGUUCAAUUCCCGGAGGAUAGAAAAUGUAUUGUUUUGGCACCCCAUAAUGGCCGCUGUCACGUCACGUGAAAACGCUCUAUAGACURGAUGGUGUGUCUGUUAUAUAACGCUCGUAGGAUUAUCUGUGGUGUGAUUGGUUGAAUACCGACAGCAAGAAAACGUUCUGGGCGGAGACGAAACAACUAAAUAGCCAAUCUCAGCACAAACCCACCAUCCAAUCACAGCACAGAGAACUCGACGUGCGUUUGCUUUUAAAAUUCAGUUAAAAAAAUAAUUGCAUCUGGUAUUUUUUAUUUUUAGAUAUCAAUAUUCUGGAAAUUGUUGAGAUCGUUAAAAUAAACCGCACAUAAAAAUUUGAA